AAGAGGGCAUACUCUCAACACCAGCACAGGGUUGCACAAGGUUUAUAAUAAUCUUGUGACCACAAUUCUUACUACGCACACUGUUUUAGGACAACAUUUCAUUUAUACGACUUUACCAUGGAGAAAAUUAUACUAAAACUCCCUUUGUUGUUGCUGGCACUGCAAAUACAAAGUGGAAAGUUGAUGUUCCCUGAUAAUCCUUUGGUUUUGAUUAUCGAAGCUCCAACACCAGAAAUUGUGGAGUUCAACAACACAAUCUAUGCAACUUGUAAGGUGACCCCUAUCCCCAAUUUACCAACUGGCCAGCCAGAGAUCUUUGGGCAAGUUCUCUUUAAGCAGGUCUUCCCCAAUGGCACUUUAGAAGUCAUUAUCAACCUCCGUGGUUUACCUACUGAUAAUCAUCAAGUCCAUGCCAUCCAUAUUCAUCAGUUUGGAGACCUCAGUGAAGGAUGUGUCAGUACUGGUCCGCAUUACAAUCCAAAUAGAGUGGACCAUCCUGGCCAUCCUGGAGACUUAGGCAACUUUGUUUCCAAACAAGGAAUUAUACUGCGUUUUCUAAAGCUCCCAGAGGGCAAGCUGUUUGGGAGUCAAUCCAUUCUGGGACGUGCUGUGGUGUUUCAUGAGAAGGAGGAUGAUCUGGGAACAGGGUCAGAUGAGGAGAGUAAACGCAGUGGCAAUGCUGGGAAGAGAAUCGCUGGGUGUGUCAUUGGCAUUAGUUCUCCAAGUUUGUGGCAGAUAGCUGUGGAGCUCCUCAGGGAAGUGGUGGAGGAGGAUGCAGCGAGUCAAAGAUGAGAGCAGAAAGGACGUGGUGGAAAGGAGAGCUACUCUGUGAAGAAACUGGAGAAAGGAUGCCUCAUGUCCUAGAAUGGAAUUUCAUGCUGGUCUUUAAAAACUCAUUAACUAGGAAAGAAAUUAUUUACGUUAUGAAGACAUGUAUUUUGUCUGUGUUCCACAUAAAUAUAAAAUUAUAUUCAAAACUUGAAAUUCCCUGUUUUCUUU